CAACGGAGGCAACAUGGCGGCGUCCAGCAAAGCAGACCAAUCGCCAGAAUUGUCGACGCCGUUAAAGAUACCGAAGACCGAGGCGCCAUCCCCCGAAUCGGAGGAUUUGAGUGACAGUAAUCAAUACCACUCCAACCCCUCGACACCCAACCGAUUCUCGCCUUUGAACGUGGGCUCCGGGGCUGCGGGUCGGACGGUGGCCUCCUCCUCCUCCAACAGUUACACGGCUUGCCGGGGGAUGUCGUGGACGCCGUCCGAAACAAACGCCCUCAUAGCGGUGUGGGGCAACGAGCGGCUAACGGAGGCCAAGAUGCAGCAGUUGGAGGUCGCGGGGACCAUGUUCACUGGUAAGGCCCCCGGCCCUGCCAUGUACGAGCGGGUGUCCAGAGCCUUGUCGGAGCUGGGCUACGAGAGGACCCCGUCUCAGUGCCGGGAGAGGAUGAAGACACUUAGACGCUGCUACAGCCGUGUGAAGGAGCAUGGCAUCGGCAAGAGGAAGAGCAGCUACACUAUAGAGCAGCUGGAGAAGGUAUUUGGUCAGGGAGGCUGGGACUCCCAGACUUGUGCCCCAGUCCUUAUCAACAGUAGUGGACUGUACCAGGACAUGGAGUCUGAUAGCAGCACCCUGGAAGAUUUCUCCCAAGAGGAUUGGUGCAACCAGGUGCUAGCCUCUGCUUUCCAGGAGGGAGACCUAGACGCUGAAAAAAUACAGAUGCCUCGAAACAAAACUCUUCAGAUUCAAGCUGAGCUGUUGGAGAAAACCCAAAAAACCGACAUGAUGCAGACGCUGAUUCGUAUCCUAGAUUCGGUGCAGCUGAAAUGGGAGCACUUUCAGACUUGGACUGAGUUUUCACGGCUGCACCUCUCCAACAAGCUGGCCAUUUUCGGCGUUGGCUAUAACACUCGCUGGCGAGAGGACGUGCGUUACCAUUACGCCGAGAUAAGCUCUCAGGCGCCAUUGGGAAAGAGGCUUCGAGAAUACUUCAACCCGGAGAAGCCUGAGGGCAAAAUUAUUAUGACCAAAGUUCAAAAGAUGAACUGGAAAAAUGUGUACUAUAAGUUCCUGGACAUUACCAUCAGUGAGGCACGCUGCCUCGAGCUGCACAUGGAGGUGGACUGGAUCCCUGUGGCGCUGUCCAGGGAAGCGGUGUGUAGCAUGGGCACAUACCACUACCUCCUACCUGGGGACAUACCCAAGGCAUAUGGACUCUACGCUAUUGGUUUUGAGGCGCCGUCAUCGGGUCGGACAUCUAACCAGGUUGAUAUUAAACACUGUAGCUUACCUCAGUGUGACUCAGAGAACUGGGGAGAUGGAGAAGGAGCAGGGGAUUGUGACAGCACGGAGACCAAAGUCACUUACUGCUACCUUGGCAUAGCUGAAGAUAGGACCAUACAACAGUGCGUCUUCCAGCAUUUUCAAGGUUCCGGCAAGCACUACGCCCAAGGUGAGCCCUCCUCUGUGACUUGCUUCCUUCAAGAGAACUGCCAAGAUGGCGUCCCGAAUGAUGACUCUGUGAAAGGCGACGACCCCGCUCAGUGUUUUGCCAUUUACAUCAAAUUCAUAGAGGUGGAUUUGGACUUCCUGUCUGCAGGGUCCUUAGUGGAGUGCCUGGAAACUGCUAUUGGUUAUUCUUUGAAAUACAACAACAAGGAAGCAUUUUAACUGUCCUAAUAAUAUAUUGAAACAUGUACAUUUGUAACAGUUUUGGCACAGACUCAGAUUUGGUGUUUCACUAACUUGGCUGCUGCAGCAUUUUCAACCCGUUGUGGUUUACUAUUUUCAUGACGAAACCGGGGUUUUAUGCUGGCAGCUGUUAGAUAUUGCCGGCAUGUUGUACGUCAUUGGAAUGCUUAAUUCGUCGAGAUUAGAUCGAUAUCUACGCCUUUCUAGGAUACAAUCAUAACUGCACACUCUGUAAAACACUAAUGUUAGAAACAGAAUCAUCACACACCUUGAAAGCCUCACAGUAUUACAACAGCAGAUAAAAAUCGGACUCAAAUGGUCGUUACGCUGGCAAUGUUCCAGGUAAUGUAAAUACAGUCGUCCCUCGCUACAUCGUGGUUCACAUAUCACUCCCUCGAUCUGUCUCGUUUUUUCAAAAAUUAACAAAUGGUCACUGUUUCAUGCUUGACUAUUCUUAGGGGGAUAGUUGGGAUUUUUGACAUGAAGUUGUAUGACAUCCCCAUCAGCAGUGUACUACAUCGACUGUGACUCACCCCCCUUUGGUCCCACGAGUCAAGUUCUGGUUGCAUUUCCGUGACGAGGAACGUAGUUCCGCUUAGUUGCUGGGGCCAAUUAAGUAAAGAGUUUGACUUCUCAAAACAGUAUGUUUUCAAGAGUAAUACAUUUGCAUCAUAAAAAUGCCACCGUGAAAAAGUCACACCUCACAAAUCGCCCUGCGUUAUAUUUGUCUCCCGCCGUAUCCCUGCGCACUGUCGCCUCCAUUCUCGUGUAUGUGACGAGGACGCUCACAUCUUCUUCCGUGACGGAGCGCCGCGGCCAUCUUGUUUGCGUGUGUGUUCCACAGCGGAGGUCAUAAAAAACCCAUUUAUUAAUAUAGAAUCCCUACUUUGCGGAAAUUCACCAAUUAACCGCAAUAAACGACAGAUGACUGUUGUCCACACACACACUUUUUGCACACUUUUCACACAUCAUUUUUGUCAAAUGCGUAUAAUUUUCCACAUGCUAUUGAUCUUUAAUUCAGUUAGCAUGGAUGGAUUAGCCACACCAUGCUACUGAAAGAACUCUAAACGUUGAACGUUUGACACCUCACUGGACCAAAUAGACUAGUGUUUGCCCCGUCUGCUGUGGCACAAUGUCAUGGCCAAUUUUGUCAUGAAAGCGAUGGAAAACGUGAAUGGUGCAUCAAAGUUGCGCCUUUUGAAUUUUUUUUUUUUUUUACUUUUAUGUUACAAACAAAGACAUAAUAUUCAAAGACAUGAAACAGUGUAAAGGAAGCUGUGAAGCUUUGUUUGCAUGUAGUUAGUGAAGACUCUUGAUGUGACAAGCGUCUCCAAAUGAAACUCCUAUGGAACGCAGGAUCCUAACUUCAGGAAAAACCUGGGGAAAAUAGGAUCAGCUCCUUCCAGCGGAUCCCGAGGCGUUCCCAGGCCAUUUGAGAGAGUCUUUCCAACGUGUUCUGGGUCUUCCCUGAGGCCUCCUACCGGUCGGACGUGCCCUGAUCACCUCCCCAGGGAGGCGUCCGGGAGGUAUCUUAACCAGAUGCCCGAGCCACCUCAUCUGGCUCCUCUCAACGCAGAGGAGCAGCGGUUCUACCAGAU